AUGAGUGCCAUGCUGGUCUUCACAUCGCUGCUGCUCUUGGUGAGCGGCCACCGUGUCAUCGGCUUGCGAAAAGGCUUGGAAUGGAAGGGACUCAGGGCCAGGGCGCAGGAUGUAGCACAGGGUAGUAUAAGAGCUUGUUGCGCAGAAGAGCUUCGAAUAUUCAAGAGGAGCAUACAGCACAGUUGCGAGCAGGACCAGAAAAAUGGGAAGACGGUCUCUGAGGGAGGCUGCGAAGCCGAGGCAGAAGCUGUUGUCAACGAUGGGGACUACGAGGUCUGGAGCCAGGGCUUGUUGAAGUGCGAUCCGGAGAAGACGCACCUCUUGCUCUGGAGUGGCUAUGAAGAUGAAGAGCGUGAAGACGUCCUGAGGCCAUUGCGACAACAAGGCGGCUGCGUCCUGCACAGCCAGGAGGAUCCAGACACCCGGCUCGGGCAGCUCCUGAACGCUCCCGGAGUGAACACUCUGAAGUCCUGCAGCUAUGGGAAGGUCAAAGCCUUUUGGGUUGGUGCAUCACGGCAGUUCGCAGGCACCUGGGCUGCGAGAUCCCAAAAUGUUUCUGUGGCGAUCGGCUACCUCAUGCAGGAAGGACGGUCUUACAAGACCCUCUUCGACACUGUCUUCUACAGAAGUGAGCUGAAAGCUGCUGUUCAGGCCUUCCGCGACAGGCUGCAGGUGAACAUCUUUUUCACGCACCCUUUCAUCACAUCUGGUGAUAUGCACGCGGCAACUUCCGUCAUCUACGAGAGGGCGCGCUUGCUGUCCCCAGUGGACACGCUGAAGUUUCAGGAGACCACCACAUGGCAUUACGGCAAUUGUGGCAAAGCGAACCUGAGCCUCAGAAGUUGCCGAAAUCUGCAGCUCCUCAAUCCUGAUGCUGCGGCCUUCCUCCACAACCUCGGUUAUGUUUAUCGCUACGGUUUUGGCGUCGCCCGCGACUUCCGCAAGGCUCGGGAACUCUUUGAACUCAGCAUGCAAAGAGGAUCCCACAAAUCCCCUACCAGUCUUGGAAGCAUGUACCACGAUGGGCAAGGUGUAGCCCAAGAUUUCCACAAGGCCAAGGAGCUGUACGAGAUGGCCAUCAGCAGAGGUGACGAAGAUGCCUUCAUCAUGCUAGGAAUCUUGUACGAGCGUGGUCAAGGUGCUGUUCAAGACUUCCACAGGGCCAAAGAACUGUAUGAGAUUGGCAUCGCAAAGGGCAGCUCUGCCGCUCACUAUGCACUAGGGCGCAUCUACCAGUACGGCCUCGGGGUUGCUCGCGACUUUCAGAAAGCACGGAAACAUUAUGAGACGGCCAUGGCAAAAAACGACGAGGAAGCCCCCUCUGGCCUUGGAAGCAUGUACGAGUUUGGGCAAGGUGUGGCGAAAGACUUGCACAGGGCCAAGGAACUGUACGAGAUUGGCAUCGAAACGGGCAGCGCUGCUGCUCCUUGGUUCCUUGGAAACAUGUAUUCCCACGGCUUCGGGGUGGCCCGCGACUUUCAAAAGGCGCGGGAGCUUUUCGAGCUGAGCCUGGAAAGGGGUUUUUCUGGAGCCCCCACCAGCCUUGGAUUCUUGUACCAGCAGGGGCAAGGCGUAGCACAAGAUUUCCGCAAGGCCAAAGAACUGUUCGAGCUGGGCAUCAAAAGAGGAGACGAGCAGGCCCCUGCCGCGCUUGGAGUCUUGUACGAGGGUGGGCUUGGCGUUGCGCAAGACUUUCGCAGGGCCAGGGAGUUGUAUGAGGUUGGCAUCACCAGGGGUCACAGUGGCUCGCGCUUCUCACUUGGGCACCUGUAUCAGUUUGGUUUGGGGGUUGCUCGUGACUAUAAGAAAGCACGAGAACUCUUUGAGCUGUCCAUGCAACAGGGUGACGCCGCAGCCCCCGUUGGCCUUGGAAGCAUGUACGAGCUUGGGCAAGGGGUCGCGCAAGACUUCCACCGGGCCAAGGACCUCUAUGAGAUGGGCACCGAGCGGGGCAGCUCUGCUGCCGCCUGUAGCAUUGGGAGACUGUACUACUUCGGCUUUGGGGUGACCCAAAGCUUUCAGAAGGCCCGGGAACUCUUUGAGCUCAGCAUGCAAGGGGGCUGGUCCAGAGCCCCCACCAACCUUGGAUUCUUGUACCAGAAAGGGCAUGGUGUAACAGAAGACUUGCACAAGGCCAAAGAGCUGUACGAGCUGGGCAUCAAGAGCGGCGACGACCUUGCCCCGGAACUCCUGGGGCAAAUGUACCGCGAUGGCCUUGGAGUCUACCAGGAUUGGGACAAGGCCAAGGAACUCUAUGAGAUGGGCAUCGAAAGAGGGAGCGCUGAAGCCGCCACUAGCCUUGCGUACAUGUACCAGCAGAUGGCUCGCGACUUUAAGAAUCCGGGACCAUACUCGCCCUCCAUGCAAGAGCAACAUCAACCUGCAGCUUUCCGCAAGGCCAAAGAGCUGUACGACCUGGCCAUUGCGAGGGGUAACACUUCUGCCAUGUGGUACCUGGCUCUGUUGUACAAGAACGAUCUGAGCUCCGAUGAGCUGGCAUGUCAAUGGAUGGGCAAGGCGAAAGAGGCCGGGGAAGGGCAAGCUGCCGGUAAGCUGGCCGAGUGGCGCUGCUGA